AUGCUUGCGAUUAUAAUAGCUUAUGUUGUUGUUGUGUUGAGUAUUAUUAUUUAUUUUAUCAUACGUCAUAGUUCAAAAGAAAAAUUUAAUGUACCAGGAGUAAAUGCAUCCGAUUCCAAAAUGGGUAAUCUUAAUGAUAUAGGUCAAGCCGGCAGUCUUCAUGAAUAUUUGACUACGUUACAUAAAAAGUUCGGUCCAAUUGUGUCGUUCUAUUGGGGCCAACAACGAGUAGUUAGUAUAGCAUCACCAGAAGCAUUUCAUGAAACACGACGUUUAUUUGAUCGACCAGUAUCCCUUUUUGCUCAAUUUGAACCGUUAAUCGGUCCUAAUAGUAUUCAAUAUGCUAAUGGUGACGUUGGUCAACAUCGUCGAAAGAAUCAUUAUGAUCCUGCUUUGUCAACUAUCGCUCUUCGGACACAAAUUUUCCCUAUAUUUAAACGUGUUUUAAAUGACAGAAUAGUUUCAUGGAAAAAAAAUGAAGAACAGCCUAUAGCACUACAUGCUGAAAUGUUAUCUAUAGCUAUUGAAUCGAUAACCUUGACUGCUUUUGGUAUCUCGGUGUCACGUCAUGAUGGAGAUCGUAUUGAACAAGCUUACAAUGUAUGUUGGCAUGAAAUGGAACUACGUGUACAAGGACGUUCUGUAGAUUCGGCACGUCAAAUUGAAUUUGAUAAAGCACGAAGUUUUCUUUUAGAAAAAGUGAAACAAAUCAUUGUUCAACGUCGUCAACGAUUAGGUGAUGAUCAUAAAUGUUUUAUUGAUUAUUUAUUAGAUGAUGAUCAAUCUAUGAUUAGCGAGGAACAUAUAUGUGAUGAAGUUAUUACUAUGCUUGUUGGUGGAUUUCAUACAACAGGAAAUCUUCUUACGUGGAUUUUCUAUUAUUUAGCAAAACAUCCAAAUGUUCAAGAGCGUCUCUUCGAUGAACUUAUUAAAACAUACAGUACGAAGUUUCCAUCAUUUGAACAAAUCGAUCAGAUGUCUUAUUUAACAAAUAUUAUCAAUGAAUCAUUACGUCUUUCAGUAUUAGCACCAUGGGCAGCUCGAGUCUCAACUGACGACAACAUAAGUAUUUGUGGAUAUAAAAUUCCCGCCGGUACUCCUAUUAUUCACGCUCUUGGUGUUGUUUUACAAGAUGAUCAAAUUUGGACAAAUCCAAAUGAAUUUAAUCCCGAUCGAUUCGAUCAGAUGAAUAGAAGAACACUUCCAACAUUGGCUUUUUCACCAUUUGGAUUUGCCGGUAAACGAAUUUGUCCUGGUUAUCGUUUUGCACAAUAUGAAGCAGGCUUGAUUGUAGCCAGCGUCAUACAUAGAUAUAAAGUAACAUUAACUGACGCAAAAAGUUCAGUAAUACCAAUACAUGGUUUAGUAACAGCUCCUAAAGAUGAAAUAUUUGUACAAUUUAAUCCACGAUAUUCACAUUUUGUGCCUUAA